AAGCGGUCGCUAACCCGGAAGCGGUCGCGUAAACGGGACUGGGGGCGGCGGCGGAGGCGUCGGUACGGUCUCGGCUGCGGUGCGAGUAUGAACGCCCCUCCUGCCUUCGAGUCGUUCUUGCUCUUCGAGGGCGAGAAGAAGAUCACCAUUAACAAGGACACCAAGGUACCCAAUGCUUGUUUGUUCACCAUCAACAAAGAAGACCACACGCUGGGAAACAUCAUUAAAUCACAGCUGUUGAAAGACCCACAGGUGCUGUUUGCUGGCUACAAAGUCCCUCACCCCUUGGAACACAAAAUCAUUAUCCGCGUGCAGACAACCCCGGACUACAGCCCCCAGGAGGCCUUUACCAAUGCCAUCACAGACCUCAUCAGCGAGCUCUCCCUGCUGGAAGAGCGGUUCCGGGUGGCCAUCAAAGACAAGCAAGAAGGAAUAGAAUAGCGGUGUGGAUGGCAUCACUCCGCAGGCACGGGGCAGCAGCCUCUCCCAGCUGUGGGUCUCCUUGUAGAUAUCCCACGAGCCCCUGACCCCCGACACCCUGUACAUAGAUGGUUUUUCUAAUAAAGUGUGGCAGAAGCCCC